AUGGCUGAGCCGGAGAAGGAAAAGGAAAAGCUUGAGCUUGAGAAAGAGUUGGUUGAUCUCAAAGGACUUGUACCAGAUAUUCAGCUUAAGGUUCAAGAUGCCGAUGAAAGUGCUGCGACGUUGAAACGGGCCGCGGAAGAACUGAAGACUGCUUUUGCUGCUACCUUACCUCAGCUGAGUACUGUCAAUGAAAAUGUUCCAGUUAAUGAUAUCUCGAACAUGAUCCGAAAGCCAGCGAAGAGACAUGCUGAUGAUGAGCCGGAACCAGAACCAGUGAAGAAAGCGAAAGCUGAAGGUGAUGAAGUUGCAGCUGCUGAUGCCACUACGGCGUAA